UUGGUUGUGUUGGAGCCAAUGUACAGUACUUUCCCCUUAAAUUCAACACUAAAUCAUUAACUGGUACCUGUACGUCAAUGUGGACUCUGUAAUAGGUGGAGCGCAGCAUAAGACCCACAGACGGUCUAGUAAUGUGCAGUCUGCUGACACUGGAUGACUGGAAACAGCAGAGAUGAAGGAGCUAUGGAUUAUGGUUGUCUUUGCUACAGUCUCUUUUCCACAGGGGGAUCUCACCACAUCCUCUGCCAUUCCAACCACCAUUGACAUAACUAUCCCAACUACUGAUGACCCUUUAACCCCUGACCCUCCAACUACUGACACACCAACUGCUGACACUCCAACAACAUACCCUCCAACUAGCGACUUUCCAACAAACAACUUUCCAGUUACAGACACUCCAAUUACCAACUUUCCAACUUCUGACUUUCUAACUACCGACAUGCCAACUAGCGGUUCUCCAACUGCCCACUUUCCAACUGCCCACUUUCCAACUGCCCACUUUCCAACUACCCACUUUCCAACUACCGACUUGCCAACUACCGACUUUCCAACUACAGACUUUCCAACUCCCGACACUCCAAUUACCAACACUCCAAAUGCCGACAAUCCAGCAACCGACACCCCAACUACCGACACCCCAACAACCGACAGUCCAGCAACAAAUACUCAAACAAACAACAAUCCAGCAUCUGACAAUCCAGCAACCGACACUCCAACUACCGACUUUCCAAAUAUAAACACUCCUGGAACCGACUUUCCAACUACCGGCACACCAACAGCCGACACUCCAAUUACCGACACUCCAACUACCGACUUUCCAACUACCGACUUUCUAACUACUGAUUUUCUAAAUAUAGACACUCCAGUAACCAACUUUCCAACUACCGGCACACCAACAGCUGACACUCCAACAAACAACUUUCCAACUACCAACUCUCCAACUACUGACUUUCCAAAUAUAGACACUCUAGUAACUGACUUUCCAACUACCGACACGCCAACUAACGACUUUCUAUCUACCCACCUUCCAACUACCGAUUUUCCAACUGCCGUCACUCCAACAACCGACACUCCAACAACUGACAUUCCUGUAACCGAUAUUCAAGCAAACAACAAUCCAGCAUCCUACACUCCAGUAAUCGACUUUCCAACUACCGACUUUCCAACAAUUGACUUUCCAACUACCGACUCUCCAUCUACCAACUUUCUAACUACCGACACGUCAACUACUGACACACCAACUACCGACAGUCCAGCAACCGAUACUCAUGCAAACAACAAUCCAGCAACCAAUAAUCCAGCAACCGACACUCCGACAACCAACUUUCCAACUACUGACUUUCCAACUACCGACACGCCAGCUACCGACUUUCCAACUACCGACUUUCCAAAUAUCGACUUUCCAACUACUGACUUUCCAACUAUUGACUCACCAUCUACCAACUUUAUAACUACCGACACACCAACUACCGGCAUGCCAACUACCGACUUUCCAUCUACCCACCUUCCAACUACCGACACUCCAACUACCGACAGCCUAGCAACAGAUACCCCAGCAACCGACACUCCAACCACCGACACUCCAACUACCAACAGUCCAACUACAGACAGUCCAGUAACUGACAUUCCAGCAAUUGAUUCUCAAGCAAACAACAGUCCAUCAUCUGACACUCCAGCAACUGACUUUCCAACUACCGACUUUCCAACUAUCGACUUUCCAACUAUCGACUUUCCAAAUAUAGACACUCCAGUAACAGACUUUCCAUCAAACGACUUUCCAACUAUCGACUUUCCAACUACUGACUCUCUGUCUACUAACUUUAUAACUACCGACAUGCCAACUACUGAUACGCCAACUACCGGCACACCAACUACCGACCUUCCAUCUACCCACCUUCCAACUACCGACACUCCAGCAACCGACAGCCCAGCAACCGAUACCCCAGCAACUGACACUCCAGCAAUCGACACUCCAGCAACCGAAACUCCAACUACGGAAUUUCCAACUGCCAACCAUUCAACUAUCGACUUUCCAACUUUCGGCAAUCCAACUAUUGCACAUCCUUCCCUUCAAAGCACAACAGUGGGUGGAACCAGUACCACUCUCCCCACCACCUCUACCAUCACCUUUCCCACCACCUCCACCACCCACUCUCCCACCACAAUCCCUCCCCUGGUCUGUAUCAACGGUGGUGAGCUGCAGAGUGGAGUCUGUAUCUGUCCUGAUGAGUGGACCGGAGACACCUGUUCAGAGGGGAAUUUCUGCAAUUCAGCCAUCAAGGAUGGAUUCUCCUUCCCAAGAACAGUGGUUGGCUGGUCUGCUUAUUCAGAAGAGUUAUGUGAUGAGAAGACAACCAGUGCCGGUUUACCAGAAGCCUCAGCAAGAUGUUUGAAUGACACUGGAUCUCCAAUGUUUGGUCCUCCUCAUAAACUGCAGUGUGAACUAACCCUCAGUGACAUUCUAGGAAAUAUCUCCAGCAGUUCAGGUGAUUUACUACAGUUAGCCUUCAGUACUCAGAUCCUGACCUCCCAACCAGAGCAGCUGUCAGCUGACAACAUCAUCACAGCAGCUCAGAUAGCUAACACACUGCUUCAGUCUGCAAAUAUCACAGAGGACAUCGCAGUGGCAGCUGUAACCACCAUCAGUCAGCUGCUCAAUGCCAGUGAGGAGAGUACACAGGAGAGAGACGCUGUCCAAAACCUCACAGAGACCCUGGAGAAGUUUUCCCUGGACCAUCACAAUAAUGUGUCCUUGGUGGUUCAGCCCAACCUGGCAGUCCAGUCUGUCCAAGUACCAAGUGACUCAGUAGGGAUCCAGUUUACUGCUCUGACUGGAAGAUCUGGUAAUUUUGUGGCCAACAGAAUUCAUCUCAACACCAAUACCUCUGAACUGAUAGUUGACAAAGGAGGUUCUACCGAUGUCCAGAUUGUUAUCAAAUUCACACCAGUUUUACGUAGUAAAAACACAAACCACUCCAUUGGUUUUGUGCUCUACCAAAACGACCGGUUCUUCAGGUCCAGGGCUUUCAGAGCUUCUUCAGGAACCAGCAGAAGGGUCAUCUCUGCUAACCUGGGACAAGUGUCUGGGUUACAUGUUGAGAUGCUCUUCAAGCCCACAGCUGUUCCCAACACCUCCCUCUAUGACUUUGCCUGCGUGUCAUGGAACUACACGUUGAAAGACUGGAGCACCUUUGGCUGCUCCAAAGUCAACCACUCAGCAGACGGCCUGCAAUGUUUCUGUAAUCACACCACUAACUUUGCUGUGCUGAUGUCUUUCAGGAGGGAUUUUAAAUACGCUGAAGUGCUAAACUGGAUCACCAUAUUGGGAUGUUCCAUGUCCAUCAUAGGGUUGAGUUUAACAAUAACAUUCCAGAUGGUGACCAGGAAAUCACGCAAAACCAACCCAACGGUCCUCUUAGUGACCGUCUGCAUGUGUCUCCUGAUCUUCACCCUCCUCUUCAUGUUGGGAGUGGACAACCCUCAUAAACAGCUGGGCAAACCUGAAAUACAGGAGGACAACAUUCUCCCCCCGUCCGACACACACACAGAGCGGGACAGAGGGCCCUGUACUGCAGUGGCAGUCCUGCUGCAGUACUUCCUGUUGGGGACGUUCACCUGGAACACGCUGUACGCCACACAUGUCUUCCUGAUGAUCAGAAACAGCCUGGCCACCAGCCCAUCAUACUUCACAGCCUAUACCGUGGCCAUCGGAUGGGGACUGCCUGCAGUUGUGGUGUCUCUCACCUUAGGAAUUAGUUACAGAGUGGAUGAUCCACUGGGAUACAGGCAGGAGGAAUUUUGCUGGCUUGCUGCCCUCGAUCCAAAGGGGAACUUUGACUUCAAGCUGCCAAUGUUUUGGGGUUUCCUGAUACCUGUGGCGUUCAUGCUUAUCUUCAACACGGUGGUGUUGCUUUGUUUUACAGUUAAGACCAACCCACAUUUAACUAGUACAAGACACACAUCGAUGAAGAAGAAGUUCCUCAGUAGCUUUUCUCUGGCUGUGGUGCUCGGUCUCUCCUGGAUCCUGGGCUAUCUGUUGCUCAUUACACAGAACCAGACCAUGUACACCAUACUCAACAUCUCCUUCUGUGUUCUCACCACCACUCAGGGCUUUCAGAUUUUCAUUCUGUUCACUGCAAGAACAUCAAUUGUCAAGAAAAAGAUGUCAAGUACUUUGAAAUCUAUCUCUAGUGUUGGGAUCCCUCUUCACACUAGGAAGUUCAGUCUAUGGCGAGGCGAGCACAGUGAUAACGUAGAAUCAUACACACAGCUGGACACUGAUCUGUCAUUUUCACCUUGUUCCACAGACAUCUAACUGAGUUCAACCUCUGUUGUAAAAUAUCUCAUAUACCUCCACUAUUGUCCUAUAAUAUACAGUAUAAUACACAACAUUUUGUAUCGACGUAUAUUCACUGUGAAUUCCCUUAGAAGUUGUGUUGUCCAAUGAACUAUCAAAAUAAAGGAAGUCACACACUGCAUACAUAAUCUCAACAAUUUAAUGGGUAUUUACCAACGUUUCGGCAUCACUGUGCCUCCCUCAAUGAUUUUUUUGACACAAAUGCUGUAUAUCCUGAAUAUUUGUUUUUUCUAAAAUGUUACUGUUUUAAAUAAAUCUGUGAUUAUUCUCUUUAA